UCCAAGCCCAUGUCGGCCUUCCACUUCCUAAGAGCUCUAUCUCAAAUAAACAAGACCACCCCCAAGUCAUCCCUUCUUCUUCGUAGUCGUAGGAUAAGGCAUGCCGCCUAUACUUCGAUGGCCUACACGGCUGGACGUAGUCGAUUGUGGAGUCGCGCUUUGCUCCGCAGGCUCCAAAGGCGAUCCAGGCUCCGGUAUUUCAGCAGCCAAAGAACCAGGGCUGUCAUCGCUCCAAGGAGGCUUAAGGCGGUGAGACCGAGGUCCGGGGAGCCAAGCCGAGCUGAGGCCCUCCGGAGGCUGGUUCCAGGGGGGGCUGGCAUGGAUUACUGCAGCCUGCUCGAUGAGACUGCACACUAUAUACAGUGCCUUAGCUCGCAAGUGCAACUCAUGCAGAAAGUCGUGGGUUCGAUAUCUUCUUAGGCUCCGUAACCAUGACCACAGCACCAGAUACAGGAGAGGAGGAGAGAAUGAUGGAGCUGUGAAGGAAGAGGAAGAGCAGGUGAGAUGAGCCGGUUGGUAAGUCUCUGCGACCAGAAAGAGAGGAGCAUCUUAUUUUAAUAAAGCAUGGGCGUUUAUUACUAUGAUAAAUAUAUAUAUAUAUAUUGGUUGUAAAUUAGAGUGAGCUGUUGUGUUUGUUAAGGUGUUCAUGUACUUUAAAGUUAAAGGUUUGUACAUAGAUUCACAAGAACAUUGUUCAAGGUAUUGACAGUUCGGUUAUAUUUUGGAGUGUUGUGAAA